AAAAUAGUGAGUUUUUUGUGCCUUUGAAUGCCCAAACUGAGCACUAACAAGUUCAUGUUUAAAGCUGUCGUCUUUCGCGAGCUGUUAACGACAUAAGCAAUCAGCUGAGACAGUUGUGCGCGACAUCGGUUAUGUCGCUUUCCCGCAAUGGCGCAAAUUUAAAAUGACCGCUGUAAUUGUGAUUGGUUCUACAGGACACGAAAGCAUGGCGAACUUCGAGUUCGUCUUGCCUUUGACGAAGGACCAACUCUUGAGAUCCGAGAGGGUCGGGCAGUAUUAUGUCAAGGACGUGGUGCCGGCUCGUGAGAUCGGAGCGCAGGUUCGAGGAUUUCUCUCCAAGAAAAGACUCCUCGAUACCAAAUGUGUUGUUGAUUCCUUCGAUCUGCUUUACAGCGUUAUCACAAACUUUCACUCCGUGGACGAGAAGGUGAUACAAGAUGUAUUUGACCUGGCACUCUUGGGUGUUUCAAAAGUGGAGUCAGACUUGACAAUAUUGCUGCAAGAUUCUGACGCAGCCUUAGAUUUUGACACCAAAAAGCACGCGCAGAAUCAUCUCAAGAUGUCCUGCUACGUGCUUUGUCACCUCAUCGAUCUCAUUGAAGCUGAAUCCAGCAAGCCGUCGUCAGAUGUGGCCCUGAGUGCGUCAAAGGGUCGCAAGAAAAUUGCUGCGAAUAACAUGAAGUUCCUUGAGUGGGGGUCACAGAAGCUCAAGGCUGUCCAGUGCCUCAAGAAUAUACACGAGCUUUCCCUACAGUGCCUGUGGUCACCGCAGCCUGUUGAAGAUGAGUACAUCAAUCUUGUAGCUGAUUGCUUCUUCAAGUUGAUAGAAGAUGCUGGCAACAUAAAGUCGAGCACCAUCAAGGAUGCAUUCACCACGGUGAUUGGCUUGAACAUCAAAAGGCACAGCUAUGCUAUUGGAUGCGUCAUGAAAAUAAUGCAAGUGCUGCAAGCUCACGAGCAUGUAGCAUCCUUUCUUGCCGAAGCCCUAUUGGUCUUUUCGGAGAAGUUUGGCGUGAAAAGCGUUGUUGGUGACUGUAUCAGAGAACUGUGCCGCCUGGAUUCCCUGGAGAAUGCACAAGACGUCGGCGGCAUUCGGAACCUUGCCACGUUUCUUGUGGAGCUCACAGACAGAAUGCCUGAAUUGGUCACGAAGUCAGCUGGCUUGCUUGUUGACCUGCUGAAUGUCAAGAGCUACACCAUGCGGAUUGGAGUCUUGACAGUUUUCUUCAAGAUUGUGCUCGAUGUCCUAAGCAAAGAGGGAUUGGACAACAAGGAAAAGGAGCUGAGAGACACACUCCUUGACCACCUGGAGGAGCACAUUUUGGAUGAGAAUGCCUUUGUGCGCGGCAAGGUCUUGCAACUUUGGCAAGACAUGUGCAACAAGAAGUGCAUUCCACUGGACAGGCAACAGACAGUGCUCGAACUCAUCACCAACAGGCUGUGCGACAAGUCUAGCGUGGUCCGGAAGCAUGCAGUCGGCUUCGUCUCGGCCUACCUCGCCAGCAAUCCUUUCCUUGCCAAGUUGUCACCUGAGGAACUGAGGAAGAACCUUGCAGAGGAAGAGGAAAAACUGCAAGCUCUACGGAUAUUGCACAAAGAUGUGGAAGACGAAGCGGAAGAGAACGAGGCAGAUUCGUCGUGGAUGGGAAUCCUUCCAGGCCUGCAAGAGGUGCUCCAGGAGGGUGAAGACAAGGACAAGGACAUAUCAUUGACCGAGGAAGAAAGUGUGGUGCUUGAUGAGAUCCUUAAUAAGAUAAGAGCUCUUCUCAAAGACGGCAGCUGCACGGAGGCGGUCACAGUGCUCAAGAAGGCCAUCGCCACAUAUCCGGAUGUGAACCUCUUCUGCAAUCCAACUGCUGGCGAGGCGGGCUCAGAAGAGAACCAGAGCGAGGAAAAUGGUGUCAAGGACAACACAGAUCCGGUUCUCUUGAAAGUCCUCAAAAAAAUUUAUCAGGGAACCAAGGUUGAUGUGAAUGACGCACCGGCAUCUGAGAAAGAAGCAGCACCGCCGGAUCCCCCACCCAAUGAUGCUGAGUCUGGCGAGGGCGCAGUGGAGCUCUACAAACAAAAGAUGCUUGUUUUGUAUCUCAGAGAUUGCACUGGCUUCGCUGAGAAGAUUCAAGCCAUGAUACCAACACUCUGCGAGAUGCUCUAUUCGCGCACCCAGUCUGACAUACAGGAGGCGAUCGCCUUCUUCGUGUCUGCCCACCAGCUAGGUAUCAGGGGAGCAACCAUCGGCAUCCGCAAAAUGCUGCCCCUGGUUUGGUCCAGGGAGCCGUCCAUCCGGGAAGCCGUUGCCAACUCAUACCGAGACGUCUACUUCAACCAGCCCGCUGCCAACGCCAAGACCAGAGCACGAAAUAUUACGGAUGGCUUGUCCGAGCUUGUCAACACUGUGACGACGAGUGAGCUAAUAUGCCUCGAACAGCUGGUGACGGAAUUGGUGAAGACUGGCGACGUAUCCUCCAUGGUUCUGCGAUUCCUGUGGGAGAGAUACACAAUGGAACAGCCAGACACCUCCAGGGAGGACUGCCUUGCAGCCACCCAGCUGCUUUCCAUGGUUGCUAGUGCUGAUAGCAACAUGGUGACAAAAAACCUGGAGCUCCUCAUCUCCGUUGGAUUGGGCGAGCGCGGGAAAGCUGACCUUGACUUCUGCAGGCACACGUGCAGCAUCAUUCAGAAGAUGGGCGGCUCUCAAUUGGCUGAGAGGGCCCCACUACAGCGCCUUGAAAAUUCUCACGACAUGUUCGUUCGGCUCCAAGACAUUCUUCUGGAAACAUUUACCGACACCAGCAUGGCUGUUUGGAUUCCCACCAUGGAGAAGGCACUCGACGUGAUCUACAAGUAUGCCGUGCAGCCAGCCGAAAUUGCCAACACUAUUCUGCAUGGUUUGGCAGAGAGGUUGUUGCCCCGGUGCCAGCCGCGUGCGGCCGUCAAUGGUGUGGCAGAAGCAAAGCCACAAGAUUCUCAAAACUCACAAGAAGAGAAUGGAGAAAUGAUAGUGGAGGAAUCGCCUCAGACACCUUCGUUUGAGUGCUCAAGCCUGCUGCUGUCGCGCACCCUGGCUUGCGUCGGUCACGUGGCACUUCGGCAGCUCAUCUACCUCGACGUGGAUGUGUUCGCUCAGCUGAAGCGGAAGCGGGAGUCUGUCAAGGACCGGAAGGAACAGGUUGCGAAGCGUAAGAAGCGGCAGUCGUUGUGUGCUACCGGACACAUCCUCUCCCAGAGCCAGGAGGGGCCAGACAGCCAGAAUGCUGACGAUGAGAUGUUGGGUCCAGUGACAGAUGACACGGAUGCAGAGUACAUUGUUCACCUUUUGGAUGAUGUGGUGCUAAGCGAUGAAAAUUCACUCGGCACUUGGAGCAAGCUUGUGGUGCACGUCGUCACCGAACAAAGCACGUACACGGACGAAGGUGUGCGCACCGUCGCCUCCCUUGCACUCGCCAAACUGAUGUCAAUCAAUGCGGAGUUCUGCGAGCAGCACUUGGCCCUGUUGUUUGACAUCAUGGAGAACUCGCCGGAUCCCGUGAUCCGCACAAACCUGGUCGUGGCGGUGGGUGACCUCAUGGUCCGCUUUCCUAAUCUGCUGCAUACCUGGACAGAGAAGAUCUAUGCCCGGUUGCAAGACCCAUCGCGAGACGUCAAGAUGGGCACGUUGAAAACAGUCAGCUUCCUCAUUCUCAACGACAUGAUCAAGGUCAAAGGUCAGAUCAGCGACAUUGCUGCCAUGGUUAUGGAUAAGGACGCUGAACUUGCGGACAUGUGCCGGAACUUCUUCUUUGAGCUUGGGAGCAAGGGAAAUGCCUUGUACAACCUGCUGCCCGACAUCAUCAGCCAUUUAUCAGAUGAAGAACAUGGCAUAGACGAAAACAGUUUCCAUAUUGUCAUGAAGCUGCUCUUCUCGUGCAUCAGCAAGGACAAACAACUCGAAAACUUUGUGGAAAAGCUGUGCUUCAGAUUCAUGCUUAUGACGACGGAGCGCCACUGGCGUGAUCUCGCGUACUGCUUGUCGCUCAUUCCAUUUGGAGAACGGGGCAUCAAGAAGCUGCACGAAAACGUAGUCUGCUUUGCAGACAAAAUGCACGUGGACGCCGUGUAUGAAAGCAUCACAGGCAUCAUAUCAAACGCGAAAAAAGCCCAGCUAUUGAAAGCCGAUGUUAAGGUGAUUCUCGAGGAGUUGGAAGAACUGGUAGAAGAGCUUCGGAACAAGGGCCUCACCGAGAGCGAGCUGGUGCAGAGGACGAAGAAACGCACCACGCAAGCAUCAGCCACCAAACGUGGAAGCAAGCAGUCUUGCGCAACACCAAGGAAUCAGAAAACACCGGCUCAAGGCAAGAGAAAAUUCCGGAAGAAAAUAUUGCCGCUCUCCGAGAGCAGUGAGGAGGAUGAAGAGGAGCAGGCGUCGCCACCGCCGUCCACGCGAAAGGCGCUGCCGCGGCGGCAGUGCAAGGUGCAAAUACAGUUCAGCGACAGCAGCGAAGCCGAGAUGGGUGAUGAUGAAUGAGUUCCGCGGGCUUGUGCAGGCAUAGCCUAAGUAGCUGUGCUCAAGAUCGAAAAAAAGAUGUCGAUGCUGCCACUCGCAUGACAACGCCGCUCACUCAUCGGCAGGUGCACUAUUACAUUAACACAUGGUCGUCUUUCUCGGGAGUUGAGCGUAUGUAAAGAAAAAAACGACACUGCCGCAGUAUUUUCUACUUUUGCUUUUGUAUACUCUAUGUUUUGACUGUAAGCUAUGUAGUUGUUGGUUCUCGUCCUCGUAUUGUAACGCGAUAACGAAUAGCUGCAUUUAGUGGGCAGCCUGCGUUGAAGCUAAGAUGGGCACAUUCCUGACAAAAGAAAAAGUGCUGCCUUGGUCAUUGGACAAUGAAGUGGGUUUUAGUUCUUGUUUUUUUUUUUCAUUCUCUCUGAUUUUACUUUACAGAAGCCUGUUUAUAUCUUUGUAUUCCCUAAUAAGCAUGCAGGUGAACAAAAGUACGACCCUUUACAAGUUGUAACUAUAUUCUUAGUUUAGGAAAUAUUUUAUUUUACAACUGUUUUUUGUUAGCACCAGUACUGACUGUCUGUAGAGGCAUAGUACACUGUACCUUGUCUACACAUUGACUGUGUUUUUAAUUUUAUUGUUUAUUUUAUUGUUAUUUUACCCAUUUAUCCUACACUACUGUUUCAGUGCAUUUAGGAUGGACUGAUUUCUGUCGUCUUACUGGAUAUUUUUCUAUUAUUAUUAUGGAAUUGUAUUAGGUGUACGAGGAAGACUGGAUUUCAAGGGCUGUAACAUGGUCGUCUUAGAGCUAGGCUUCACUAAGGUGAAAUUAGGUCACAUGCCGCCAUUGAAAUAAUUUCCAGAGGACACUGAUGUCAUCGGGGCCAAGGAAGGUUCAUAGUUUUAUGUUUUAGUUUAUGUUCAUAAUAAAAAAGAAACAAAAGUGAACGAAAAAGACCACACCAAGGAGCAGACCACCUGUGGUUUGAAAAAUAAAACCAAUGUUCUUCAGUCAUCUUGCUGUGCGCUGAAUACAACCGAGUAUAUAUCUAAUAACCACGGUAGGACACACCAGACAAAAACGAUAGAGUGUGCUGUUUGUUGUUGCCUGAUGUUAUUAGUUAUUCUACCCAGUCGUACUUGGCGCAUUACGAGAUCAGACAGAACACGAACUUGCCUAAAAAUUUUUCAAUGUGUUCUGCUUUUGCCACCAUGGCCAAAGACAGAAAGUGGACUGGGAUGGAGGAUGCAAAGGUUGUGGCUUCGAACCCCCACAGGUUAGGCGAGUUCUCUUUGCCUGUUUUUCUGAUUUGUCAAGAAUGUGAAUGGAAAUAUACUGCCACAUAAUCGGACAAAAAAAAAAAAAAGAAAUGCUUCAGUCAGGGGUUUUUUAUUCUUGAAACCAGAAUGCAGGUCCUCUGCUUCCGCCUCAUCUGGUAUGCUAUGCAAUUUUUCUGUGCUUUUGUAGCUCAGUAACUGUUGACUACUUUGAUAGUCACUUCACAGGCCCCUCCUUCUUUCAAAUCUGGUUCUUCUCGCGUGAAGAACCAUCAUUGAAACAUUGUCACUGAAACAUUAAUGCUCUUACGAGCUUACUUCUUCAUUUCGGAUUGUACAUACCUUACUCGCUUAUAGACGGGAGGCUAAAAUUUUAGUGCUAGGGUAUGGAUGAAUGGUGAAAGAUAGUUACAUUCAUCUUUUGGGAACUUGGGACAAAACAGGCACAAGUCUAGACACACACAGGAGCUCGUACUAGAAGUGAACUUUGCAAUGGAUGAGAAAAAAUGUAUUAACACAGCUGAAACUAAACCCUUGCAAAGUUAAUUUCUAGUUAUAUGAGCAAGCCGCAUUGCGAUGCUACCGAAUAAAAUGAGUCAGGUAUGAGAGAGAACUGAAAAGAGCCACGACACAGAGGGAAAGAAUCAAGAUACUCGCAAGUCAUUGCAUUUUGUCUGCAUUGUAUGUUCUUCCUUCUCCUUCUCUUUGAUUUUCCAUAUUAGAGAGUACGAUAAGCAGGGUAUAUCAGCAAAAGGCCAUAUGCAAUAAGCAGAUUAGAUAUAGGGUACAGUCUUGCACUGUCUGACAAGCUCUACUGCGUAGAAAGUACACUGUGAAGAUCUGCUGUGCGCAUUAUUUAUUCAUGCAUACAUUACAUAGGCCCACUGCUUCUUUCUACAGUAAGUGGCAGUAUAAUGUUGAGAGCACUGUAAAAAAAAUAAAAAAUAUUCCUGUGUAAUAUUACUGCACAUCACUCAUUUUUAGCCUCGACCUUGGUGCCAAUAUUUGUUCAUUGACUGAGAAGAAUGUCACUGUCUAAGCCUUGAUCUAUGUCAGUCAAGUUCCACAGGCCCACAAUCUCAACUGCUGAUGGCUGAAGGACAGGGCACUGCAGAAUAGAUGCGACUUAACGUUGGUCUGGACGUUGCUUAUCUGAGAAACACAAGUGCGUGUUUUUGCAUUUGUUUACGUUCCUCUUUCGCAACAGCAAUUUCCUGUGGUCUUCCACUAUCGUAUUCUUAUUUUUUUUUUCAUUCAUAGAAACCUAGUAAGCAAUGACUUGCAAAAACAGCUUCCGUGUAGUGGAGCAGUGCUUUUAACCAUUUUUGCCACUUGCCUUUCAAAAUCACUGAGGUCAACCAACUACACGUCCAUCUUUUUCAUGCUCCCAUUUAUUUCGCCUAUAGAACAAGCAUGUGCCACCAUUAUUUCAGAAUUCAGAAUUUGUUUCAUCUUUGCUUUCCCGGAUGGGAAAGGACACUGCGAAUUUCAUGUGUUGUCAUUGAAUCUGUGGUCACAAAUUCAGCCUCUCCGUUUUUCUUCCAUGGCUGCUGCAUACUAUCAUCAUUGUACAUGUUUCCUCAUCUCUCAUUAUCACAGUAACAUUGAGCUAUUCUAUAGCCACCAUGAAUGUGAUGCAUUUGCUGUGCUGUCUUAUGUUAAAAACGCUGUCAUUGGGCUGAUUGCCUGAAGCAAUAUGUAUAUGCUGAAGAAUAAAAUACUGUGCCGUGAAAGUUUCUUUGUACUGUAAGUCCUAAAAAAUAUUUCGCCGCCAUGAACUCAAUGCAAGCGCAACUCUGCAUGAAUCACGGGAUAUAUGUAUAUAUAACUAAAGCGUUCUGAAAUCUACGAUUCACAUCAUGCUUUUUUUGUAUGCGUGUAGUAGUUAUGAUGUGAACUAGAACCGUAUUAUACGAUGUGAGCCAUAGCCGUGGACUUCAAAAUGCUUUAGUUUUGGUACAGGGGGACCCGUCCUUUCGUGUCAGUCGCAUCGUUUAAUCAUUCGAACUAUGUUCGAGUUCAAAGAAACUAAUUUUAAUGACCAUACCUACGGACCUCCCGAAAAACUUGCGUGCAAUCCCCCAUCAAUAAGUAUUUUUUCGGGGAUAUCCCUACAAGGUGAAUAUCCAUACGGAUGUCUAGAAGUCCUGGGUAAGGAAGGGGGGGCGCGGCUUUAGCAUUGCGAAAUUUAACUGAAGAAUCAAUAUUUUGAAAAUUGCAUUUUCAGUUUCUGACUCCUUUUCUAUCUCAUUUCAAAAUUUCUUUACCGAAAACCGUGUAGAAAUGGUGUCAAAAUUUUUUAUCUAAGCUAAGGUGGCGACUAAUUUCUUGGAAAUAGCAAAAAAAAAAACGGUAUUUUUCAAGCCGCGAUGUCUUCGCAACCGCAUAAGCGCAGUCAUCUUGGUCUCUGUGAAUAGCAUGAUUCUCCGUCUUCAAAUUUGGUGCCUAGGCCAGCUGAGCCCGGCAAGCGCACAGCAAGCAAAAUUUUCAAGGUCACGCGAUAGAUUCUGAUUGGCAGCGUG